AUAGUUGCUAUAGGACUAGUUAGAGACGGCUGUCCUUAUAUCAGGCGAUUUUAUCGAAAAUCGAUCACCGAAGAAAUUAUCAAAUCUAUGAGGUGGAAAUGUCAGAGUAGAGCAAGUUAAUUGCCUCUUUAUCGAACCGAGGCGAAUUAAAUAAAGCAACGGCAUCAGCAUAGAGUCCAUCAAGUGUAGUUUAUAAUUCAGUGUCCUUUUUGUGGAUGGCGCUCCAAGUAACGCAGUUGGAAACAGGAGGAGAAAAAAAAACUGUAGCGCAACUGGCGCAACGAUAGAAUUGCAUAGAGCAGGCGCCCGUCUAUUGAUUCUUAGCUUCACUUGAGCCGUCGUCGACCAGACCACGGAUUGCCAAUAAGGUGGGGCUCCUGUCAUGCUGCACGAGCUCUCGUGUCCAUCGAGUCUGUCGGCUCAUUAAGUUUUCGCGACCUACGCCGUCUCCUCUCGCGUUUUCUGGCCGACCCCGAAGCUGUCCGGUGUAUGGCUUCUUGGGCCGAAAGUUAAAACUUGGAAAAAAUCAAGUGUCCACUCAUUAGACCUGAUGAUUGGCUCAUUCUGGAAUUUGUGCAGAGCUUGCCCGUCGAUGCCUGUCGAUAAGCUGCACUCCGAGUACCGGAGUACUUACCGAUGGCACGAGUACACCGGGCCCAGGCAGGAGGUAGUGCGGAGGCCACCCCAGCCGAACGCCGCUUCAGCCGCCGGCGAAAAAGCUAAUGACACUCAGCACUCCUCCAAACAAGAGGAUGACGUUCAUAACGAACUGCCGAAGUUAGAGCCGGCGAUGCCGAGACGAAAGAAGUACCCGGACUUGGCCUAUCGUCACCACGAAUUUUUGAUCAGCGACGGGGAGAUUCAAGCGAACGGGGUCUGCAACACGGAAUCAAGAGCUAGGUCGGAGGAGCGAGGCCCGCACUGGAGGCCUUCCCGGCGCAGCAAGUCGGAGGGACCACGCUGUGGCGCCCACGGGGACGGCAUGCGGGAGCGGGAGCGGCGUAGGGAAUCGGACCCCGAUUUGGAGAACAUGGUAAUAACACACACGCGACACGAUCACACUACCGUACCCCUCUCUUCAUCCGCUUUGAUCUUACCAUCCGCAACCCCUUCGGUCCAUAACAUUUAUUUACAGGGACGCGAAACCGGACUUCUCCGGAAGGCCAUUUCCAAAAUUAGCACUGAAUACAGACUACAAUUCGCUUGGCCUCAAGGGCAUACUUCACGUAGAGAUGCCGCCGAUUCUUCGGCACCUCGUAAAUCCCAAUCUAUGGGAGCCCUUAAACCAGCCACCAAUGCUAUGGUGCACAAAAAACGCAUCGAUUUGGAAAAUAAGGAUGCCAGUGAACUCGAACCAUUAGUCGAUGAAAGAAAUACUCGUGAAGACAAGACUCACAUAUUCAAGGAUGAAUUCAAUACCGAGUACAAGAAGAAGUUUAGACCCUUCUCCCAGUACGAGUACUCCGAGGGGCGGUUCACCAAACGCGGCGGCUCCGCCGAGGACGCCGAUGAUUCGGGAGGCCAAAAUUCGCUGCCGCCUCAAUUCGAAAAGAACGAUUCUUGGUACAGAGAGGUCGUAGAACUGCGCAAGAAAGCGGGAGAAUACAAGCACCGCGGUUGGGGUAGCGAACUUGCUCCAGACAGGCUUUCUGAUAUAUACAAUAAGCAAGUUGAACUUUGGGAUCAAGUUUCACGGAGAAGUUCUCUAUCAGCCUUAUCUCUCGCUUCCAUGACACACAAGUCCUAUACAAAAGAAGAGAAGGAAGUAGAUAAUAACAACAAAACUUCUCCGUCGAAGGCAGCUCGUAACGCAGAAAACUCUGCCAGGAUUAUGCGCGACAUGAUCAGACAUCAUCUAGAAAGAACAACCGGAGGUUCAGAGCUUGACGGUUUGAUUCUAUCUCCGACUAGAGAAAAACUCGAACCGACCAUCCCACGAAAAGAUGACGACUCUAGAGGAUCCCAGAAGAACAGCCCCAAAAAGAAUUCUCCGCUGAAAUCAUCAUCCUUGAAGCGCCAUAACCAAAAGGCUUCUUCGAAGGGAGGUCCCAAGAAUCUACGGUCACAGUCUGUUGGUCCUAUAACAGAUACUACCGAGAAGCGAUCUCCAAAGCGUCAGUCAAGGUCUGCCACAGUAAAAGAAAGAAAAUCUUCGGCAAAUCAAGCUAGCAUCAAAAGACCUCGACCUUCAUCCUUGAACACCACUGCCUCAUCCCGAUCUAAACCUAGUUCGGUUACCUCUAAAAACGAAGACGACAGAUUGGCCAAAGCUAUUUCAAAAUCUCAAAUCACUAAUGACUUCUCUAAGCAAAAGCUAGGCUCUAAACAGUUAGAAAAAGGAAGUACAGGAGCGGAACCGCCGAAAGCCGAAACUACUAACGAUUCAGAUGCGAAGAAUACGACCGCGGUCGAAGGGCCCGAAAUAAUCGAUUACGAACCAGUGGUGAAAUCGCCUCCGGAACCCACUAGGGUUAAAUCUCCCGAACAAAUUCUGAUGCGUUCUCCUGAUCCCGUCAACUGGACUGUGCCACUCGACACCGGAAAAACUUUUACGGUCACGCAAAACGUCAGGGAGGGGGACAUUAGUAGUCGUCCUCAUAGCGAAGUAAAGGCUUGGACUCCUCCCGAUGUACCCCCUCCCAUUGCCCAGUCUGCUCCACCGACUUUAACUGAUCAAAAUAAGGAACAAGGUAUGGAUUUAGCAGUGAAAGCAUGAACUCGGGCCAGGGCAGAGUCAUCGCUGCACAGCUGAGAGACCUCCAAUCAACGGUAGAGCAUCGUACGGACCGACUUCGUCGGUCCUUUAGCACCUGCAUAGUCGUACGACGGUUCCAUCUCAGACUCGUGCCAGUGAGCAAUUUUGCUCGUUCCUUCAACAGGGUAGUAGCCAGAAACUGUCGGUGCUCGUAAUGGCAACACGGUUUUGUAAUAAAUUCCGUGGUGUAUGUUUUCUAUGGACAACGUAACGAUGAAUAUAUACCACGGCCAAUCGCGCCAUUUGCUGAACCUUAUUUAAGCCGUUUGCCCAGCUUUACCUUUGUAAUAAUCAACAACUGCUUAUGUUCCAUGCCAUCCGUUUACUAAUCCGUCAAGGUGCCAGAAAAAUCGAUUUCGUUCAGUAAAUCAUGGACGUCCCCAUUAUACAAAAAUUUGUGAUCUCUAAUCAGUGCACUCGUGUUUUCUGCCACAAGGAAGUCAGACGAAAACUAUCUAUGGUUGACAUAUAUUCAUAUAUUUUGUGUAGAUGCGUUUGCUUGCCAACUCUCUGGUUAAUUUAGUGACAUCGAACGCACUUAUAUUAUUUAUUAUUAAUCAUACAGUAAAGAGUUAUAUAAAAGUUUCUGUUAUCCAA